AUGGAUCUACUCAUCAGGUCCUCCACUCCGACGACUUUGCGCCGGUCGUCGAGGGCAGGCUCAACUUCCGGGUACUCCGCAACAAUAGAACGGGCACCCUCACCUUGCCCACCGGGCAAAUCGGCGACAAGUUCCUCAACUACGUACCGAGACCCCAUAAAGAUGGACAAGAACAAGCUCAAGUUUCGCAUGGACCCCAGACCGCCGCCCCACCUCGUCGAGGCGCUCCGAAAGACCCCCUACGUCGGCCCUGAUAUCGAGGAGGAUCGGCAGAACAUCAACGAGAAGCUUGACAAAAAGCUUCGUGUCGACGUCGUGCAGUUUGGGGUGCUCUAUUGGGCUACCUACCCUCGCUCAGGGAAGGAGCCCCUUCAAGCCCGUUUUCUCUCUAUUGAGUGGCAGCGCGAGCUGCAUCGGCAAGCGGAGGAUACCCCAACCAUCUACCUUUCAUUCCAUCGUCUUGAAACUGUCGUUUUGGUCUUUCAAGCGGUCUCAGACUCGACCAGUUCCAACGUCAUGCCCUUCAUCAACACCGUUGUAUUGCACGUUCUUGGGAGGAAGAAAAGUGAUAUCCCUCCCAACCCAUCUCGCAGAGGCCCAGAUAGCAUCGCUCAGAACUCCCCAUCGGGGUAUAUUCCCAGAAAUAUUCUCGCUUUCCGCACCAUCACCAAAUUGCUUUCCAUGCUACAAAAGGAACCGGUACUCCCAGUUGAAGAUGUCAAACUCCAGGAACAUACCCAGCACCUGGAACUCAAGCUAACAAGCACUUUUGCUACUCUGGCUGUCAUUGAGCACGAGAUUGUGGCAGUGGCACACACUAUUGACUCUGAGACACUUGGUCUCAUCGCUUGCAAUUUUCGUCAUAGUGACAAAGACCCAAAGGCCCCCGUCUUACCAGAACCCACCAUCAUCAAUGCAGAGGUCUUGGCCAACCUUGGCUUGGUUGGUGAUCAGGCAAUAAAGCAGUAUGCUGAUGAAUACAUCCGCCCUCCAAUACCUCUGAAAAGACACACAACACCUCUGACCGCGGCCACCGGUGACUUCACACAGCAAGUGAAGAAAGCUUUGCUGUAUGGAUAUGCGAUCCAGAGACUGGCUCACGGCGCGGCCCUCAAGAUGCACCUGAAAACUAUUGAAUCCCAGCUUAGAUACUAUAAUGCCUCUCAUCCCCGAGAGCCACAGCCACAAAAGCCUGGCAAAGAGGAGGAGGAACUCGAUGAAGAUGUUGCAGCAGUCUGCCAAUCCGUCAGUGAUGGAGGUACCACGAUUUCUCUGAUAGACUCUUACAUCGACUGGUUCAGGCUUUUGAUAGCCCAUUUCGAUGCCGUAGAUAUUCUCGUUAGAUUCGUCACCGGGCCACAUUUCCGAUCCCCCACCAUUUCUGUCGACAUUUUGGUCGCCCCACCUGUGGACCAGACGUUACUCCCAUGGCGGGAACUCUUGGCCGACUCGACGCUACUUCCCACAGAUGCCAGUGACGAAGAGGAGGCUCAGACGUGGAUGCAGUGCGAAACGCGCCUUGUACGAUGCGCUGACGCCAUCCGGAUGCACUACAAGGUGUACGGCACAACACCUCCCAAACCGUCUUCGUUCGGUUUCGACAGGGCUCACAAGACUCACGGGAUAGCAAGACGUCUUGUCGCCGUCGCCCGAGACUGGUUCAUUAUCUGGAUGGGGUUCCUGUCGUACCUCAUUGCCCAGUCUCGCGCAAACCCGUUUAAUUGGCCCGAUUGCAAACAGAAGGACUGGGGCCAGAAAGGGGCGCUCCCCAAGUGGUACAUGGUGCUCCGACAGGAAGGAUUCCCGGAGGACUGGCUCAGUGGCCUCUUGACAUCGGACGUGUGCGAUUUUUCUCGACGAACGCCCCGUGCAGGCAUCGUGGUCGACUGGACAUGCGGCAACAUAUUCACAUGGAGUAGGAUCAUUUCAUCUGGAGGGAAGGAGAUUUUCAUGCGGACACGCGUUGAAAAAAGACGACACGACAACGUCUUCAACGAGUACACCCCCGCUCAAUGUCGAUACAAUGCUCUCGAGAAUGAAUGGGACCUGUUUGAGGAAUUUGCACUGGAAGUCAAGUCGAAGAAUGGUCAGGAUUAUGUGGGCUAUGAGCAUUCAGACAGUGAGGAUGAUGGCUUUGAUCCUUUUGAAGGCUACGAGCACCUUUAUGUCAGUGAAGACCAGAACGUCUCACCAACCUCUCCAGACGGAAUCCCCCCCUCUGGUGCCUCUCCUGGUGCCUCCCCCGCCUCUCCUGAACCUGAUGAAGUAGCAGUACCCAUGGAUGCUGAAACCAACCUCCUGGUUUCCCUCCGCCUUAUGUACGGAUUCAACCCAUCCCCUACUGCUCAAACACCCCACCCUCAAGCACCCAACCUCCGGAGUUGGUCAGAUGUCCUGGGUGUCAUCGGGACAAAAUCAGAACCUGAUGUCUCAGACCGAGACAAGGUUCUAAUUCGUGAGUUCAUUUCAUGCCUCAUCGACAGCUCUUCGGGAUUGCCAGCACCCUCCGACAACCUCAACGCAACAUCGGAUCAGCCUUUGGCAACAUCCUUUGCGCUCGACACUGUGGAACGCAUCAGUGAGGACCUAUACGUGUUCAAGCUACCUCCUUCCCCCUCUUGCAAAUGGGUCAUCGGUGUUGAUCGCCCCACGACUGUUCUUUACAUCUGUCGACUGGUUGCCUCCACUCCGAACACGCAUAUGGUGCUGACAAUCGCCUACCACCUACUUGAGCACCACAUACCCUUCCGCACCCUCCUUCUGCAGGCCUCCUCGGAGCCCGAACAGCUCAAUCUCCCAUACGCAGACAACGCCAACCGUUUUAACAAGCACCAAUUCACGACAGCAGACUUCGACAGUGCUAUGCUCGAGUGCCGCGCGCUGCUGGGCCGCCUGCAAGGGCGAGCUGCAAUACUUCGCGGUGGCAUUGUAGGGAGGAUUGCAAGGGAAUUCGGUAGUAAGGAGUCUGGGUUGCAAGGACCGUCCAUCGAGGUCACAGUGCAUCAUUCGGGGUACUUUGUCCCGUCUAAACACGACGGGUAUUUCUACUGGGAUGACGACCUCACUGGUGAGGAGAUUGCAUGUUUGUGUGGGACAUACUGCCUCUAUACAGGGUGUGGCGAGCAGACAACAACGGUCUCGUGGUUCCCUCCUCCGGACAUUUGGGACAAGCAGGGUUAUGGCUGGCCAGGAUGGACGGAAACUAACGAGGAGUUUUUCCAGCAGUGGAUAGCAGACAUUCGCAAGGGCAAUGCCAAACCCCUGUCACGUCAAAACUGGUGGCGCAAGGUUCAUAGCAUCAAGAACACGAGGUCGAUGCUUAAGAACAACAGGGAACGGGCAAAGGCAUACGUCGAGUUGAACAUUCAUGCUAUGUAG